UUCGUUUAGUGUUUACUUGUUUUUAAUAUUGCACAUUCAGUAAACAAAAAUAAUUAAAUAAAUUAUAAUUGAAUUGCUUAAGUUUUUCUGUUUUUAGUAUCAGUUAGUAUAAGUGCUACACACGAAUUAAUUUAACAAACGAUCAAAUGAUUUAAAAACCGUUUCUAAUGAAAUGUUUUCCAACAUGAGGGUAGUUUGAAAUCCAGCUAAUUGUGAAUUAAAAUUUUGUAAUUUCCGUCCUGUUACACAUCCACCUUGUCAGCAACCACGUGAAUUAAUUAACAUCUCAAUUAUAUAAUUAUUUAUUUACAUUUAAGUAUCAUUUUUUACAUUUUAUUUAUAAAUGAGACGACCGUAUUAAUUUUACAAAAUGAAAGCACAAUGCAUAAUACUUAUAAUUUGCGUCACGUGGUGUUCAGCUCAGUUCAUAGAUGAUAUGCAGGAGAUGUUCGACUUGCCUUGUCUAGAGGACGACAUGUUCUUGUGCAUGGAUGGAGGGUGCAUUGAACAGGCGCAGUACUGCGAUGGCAUCUCACAUUGUGAUGAUAACUCCGAUGAGAGCAUGUGCCUGUUCUCUCAAAACGACAUAGUCGCUUGUAACGUGACACACCAGUUCGAAUGCCGCGACAACAAGAGGUGCAUCCCACGUGCUUGGAUCUGCAACAAUGAGACAGACUGUGAUGAUGGUAGCGACGAGGUCAACUGCACCGUGACUCUGCCAGAAAUUACAAAUUCUACAUGCAAAGGGUUCAAAUGCCUCGACGGGAAGUGCAUCUCAUACUUGUGGCUGUGCGACGGCGUUUACGACUGCAACGACCGGAGCGAUGAGAACGCAGAGGAAUUAUGUCGUCACUUGAGGUACCCGCACGCGAUCCCGCGACGGUUUCGUACUGCCACGAGCUGCCCGCCGUCGGCGAGAGGAACUACAAGUGUCUGGACUCCUCGUACUGCCUGCCCAGCUUCCUCAUGUGUGACGGCACUAAGGACUGCCGAGACGGCAGUGAUGAAGGACCCUUUUGUGAGAACUGGACCACCAUGUGCUCAAACUACAUCUGCGCCGGCAACGACACGGAAUGCUCUCCAGACCGCUACGGGCCCACCUGCCUGUGCGUGCCCUCGCUCUCCAUGA